AUGCACUUCGUGCGUGUGACCGAGAGGGAGAGACGAGACUCUGUCCGUCGGUACGAUAUGAGUAAUUUUUCUCGCAAGAAUUCGCUGCCAGCUCCUUCUUCGGUAUCAGAGUUCUCGAUGGUAGUUGGAGCAGUGGAAGUGCUUGCAAAUGUGGCUAAUCAACUCUACCAGCCCGUUGUUCAAGACCUCUUCGCUCACGUUUUAAAAGUUUUGGUGGAGCUACGUGUGCGCGAAAUGCCGAACACGAGGCGAGCUCUAACGGAGUUAGUCGAGUGGACAGAUGAAAGAGUCGAAUUAUUCCGAGUUCACAUCGCGGACGGCGCAAUCACCUUGGCGACUGAGAUUAAAACCCAAUUCAGCACCUCACACGAAGCCUUCUUGCGCGUAAACCAAAUGAUCCUUCGCCAAGACGUCGAAGCAGCUCUCGCUGAAGCCAAUACAGCGGUGACACGAAGAAGGACCGGUGAGCAGCCGUCGGCAACCCGUACGACAGGAAGCUAUUCGAAACGACCGGCUAGAGGACCAGUACCGCUGGAGGUCCUUAAGGCACUGCCCAAACAAGGUGGGAAGGCGGUUUGUAUGAGGUACCUUUCACGAGAAGGCUGUCGUGGCUGGAAUGGUAAAUGCCGAGUUGAAGGUCGCGUCCACUUCAAACCCGCAGUCUUGGAGGACGUAGUUAAACAGUACAUCGAGAGGACGUACGGCGGCUUAGCAGCAGACCUCGAAUGA